AUGGACAAGAAGGAGAAGACUGAGUCUAGAGACGCGAGUUUCGACUCAGAGGCCGAUUCGUUCCGCACGAGGAGCUAUGAGCAACAACGAGAAGAGCUUCGCAACUCAAAUCCGCAAGGCAUCACCUCGACUCGGACCGGAGUAGAUGUGGAGAAAGCAGAGCAGGACUUUGAGGAGCUCAACCGACAGUUCUCAAGUAUCUCCCACCAAGCUCGCCGACUAUCCAAGCAAGCAUCUCGAGCCUCGAAGCCUGCGGUUACCACCGAGGAUGUCGAAAAGGCGGGAAGCGCGGCCGACUCAGAGGAGCCUUGGGAUUUAGAGACUACACUGAGAGGCAAUCGAGCGGCGGAGCAAGAGGCAGGCAUCAGGGACAAGCACAUCGGCGUCAUUUGGAAUAACUUGUCUGUCCGAGGAGUGGGUGGAGUCAAGACAUUCAUAAAAACAUUUCCAGAUGCCGUGAUCGACUUCUUCAACGUUCCCGAGACAAUCAUGCACACUUUGGGCUAUGGCAAGAAAGGAAAAGAGUUCAAUAUCUUGGAAGGAUUUCGGGGCCUCACCCGCCCUGGCGAAAUGGUUCUAGUUCUUGGACGUCCAGGUUCUGGCUGCACUACGUUCCUGAAAGUGAUUGCAAACCAACGAUUUGGAUAUACAGGCAUUGACGGAGAAGUUCUAUACGGCCCUUUCGGAUCGGAGACAUUUGCCAAACGAUUCCGUGGGGAGGCUGUGUACAACCAGGAAGAUGAUAUUCAUCAACCGACCUUGACCGUCAAACAGACCCUCGGGUUUGCCCUCGAUACUAAAACGCCCGGGAAACGGCCCUUCGGCGUAUCCAAGGCUGAAUUCAAGGAUAAAGUGACCAGCAUGCUGCUGCGAAUGUUCAAUAUCGAGCAUACGGCUAAUACCGUCAUUGGCAACCAGUUCAUUCGUGGUGUGAGUGGUGGCGAGAGAAAGCGCGUCAGCAUAGCUGAGACGAUGGUUACUGCCGCGACCGUGCUGGCAUGGGAUAAUAGUACCCGGGGCUUAGAUGCCUCGACGGCCCUUGACUUUGCCAAAUCUCUGCGUAUCCUGACCAACAUUUACAAAACCACCACGUUCGUUUCACUCUACCAAGCCUCCGAGAACAUCUAUAAGCAGUUCGACAAGGUCCUGGUGAUCGACAACGGAAGACAGGUCUUCUUUGGUCCCACCACUGAAGCGAGGUCUUAUUUUGAAGGACUGGGCUUCCGAGAGAAGCCUCGACAAACGACUCCAGACUACCUGACCGGCUGUACUGAUCCCUUCGAGCGGGAGUUCAAAGAUGGAAGAAACGCGGAAAAUGUUCCAUCCACGCCGAAGGCCCUGGUCGAAGCAUUUGAACUAUCAGCCUACAGCAAGAGGCUGGACGAAGAGAUGCAAGCAUACCGAACCCAGAUCCAGCAACAAAAGCAGGUCUAUGAUGACUUUGAAAUCGCCAACCAAGAAGCCAAACGAAAAUUCACCCCCAAGUCUUCCGUUUACUCCAUUCCUUUCCAUCUGCAGAUAUGGGCACUGAUGCAGCGACAAUUUUUGAUCAAAUGGCAAGACAAGUUUGCUUUGACAGUCUCCUGGAUCACCUCCACGGGAAUCGCUAUCAUCUUGGGAACUGUAUGGCUGAAGCAGCCAGAUACCAGUGCAGGAGCAUUUACUCGCGGUGGCCUCCUCUUCAUCAGCAUGCUGUUCAACGGAUUCCAAGCCUUUUCCGAACUAGCAUCGACCAUGAUGGGUCGAUCAAUUGUCAACAAACAUCGAUCAUUCACCUUUUACAGACCUAGCGCGCUCUUCAUUGCCCAGAUUUUAGUGGAUACCACCUUCGCCAUCGCGCGGAUUCUAGUCUUCAGCAUCAUAGUCUACUUCAUGUGUGGCUUGGUCCUUGAUGCUGGAGCAUUCUUCACCUUCGUUCUGAUCAUCCUUACUGGGUAUGUCUGCAUGACCGUUUUGUUUCGAACAAUCGGAUGCUUCUGCCCAGACUUUGAUUAUGCCAUGAAAUUUGCAGCCGUCGUCAUCACCCUUUUCGUUCUGACAUCUGGCUACUUAAUUCAAUGGUCUGGCUCCCAGGUGUGGCUCAGAUGGAUUUAUUACAUCAACCCGUUUGGCCUUGGAUUUGCAUCAUUGAUGGUCAAUGAGUUCAGUCGUCUGACAAUGACUUGUACACAAGACUCCUUGGUGCCUAGUGGUCCUGGCUACGGCGAUAUUGCACACCAGGCAUGCACUCUGGCCGGAGGAGAGCCAGGGUCAGACAUUAUUCCUGGGUCCAGCUAUCUUGCCACCACAUUCAGUUAUCACAAACCAGAUCUCUGGAGAAACUUUGGAAUCAUGCUUGCACUCAUUGCCGGCUUCCUCACGACCAACUUGUAUUUUGGUGAAACCCUGCAAUUCAACGCCGGAGGCAAGACAAUCACAUUUUUCGAAAAGGAAAAUAAUGAGCGGAAGGAACUAAACAAACUGCUCGAGACUAAGAAGGCCAAUCGUCAAUCCAAGACGGUGGAUGCGGGCGCCAAACUCAAGAUCUCGUCGAAAUCUAUCUUCACUUGGGAAGACGUUUCGUAUGAAGUUCCGGUGCCAUCGGGCACCCGACGACUGCUGAAUUCUGUCUAUGGAUAUGUUCAGCCUGGCAAAUUGACCGCAUUGAUGGGUGCAUCUGGUGCAGGGAAGACAACACUGCUGGAUGUUCUGGCUGCCCGAAAGAAUAUCGGUGUGAUCACUGGUGAUAUCCUCGUCGAUGGAUCUGCCCCAGCAACCUCUUUCCAGCGAAGUACUUCGUAUGCCGAGCAACUGGAUGUCCACGAAGGAAUGGCCACUGUGCGCGAAGCACUUCGCUUCUCAGCCGACUUGCGCCAGCCCUUCGAGACCCCCAAAUCGGAAAAGUAUGAGUACGUUGAAGAGAUCAUCAGUCUUCUUGAGCUCGAAAACCUGGCCGACGCGAUCAUCGGUACCCCUGAAACCGGACUUUCCGUCGAAGAAAGAAAGCGCGUUACGAUUGGUGUGGAGCUGGCAGCAAAGCCCGAACUGCUCCUGUUCCUGGACGAGCCCACAUCUGGCCUGGACAGUCAAUCUGCUUGGAACAUAGUUCGCUUCCUCAAGAAGCUCUCGAAGGCCGGUCAAGCUAUCCUCUGUACGAUUCACCAGCCGAACUCAGCUCUGUUUGAAAACUUUGAUCGACUUUUACUGCUCCAAAAGGGAGGUGAAUGCGUCUACUUUGGCGAAAUUGGCCCCGAUUCAGAUGUUCUCCUGGAGUACUUCCGUCGCAAUGGUGCAGAUUGCCCUGCUGAUGCGAAUCCGGCGGAGUGGAUGCUUGAUGCUAUUGGUGCAGGUCAAACACGCCGGCUUGGCGAUCGCGACUGGGGCGAAAUCUGGCGGACCUCGCCUGAGCUGGAAGUGCUGAAGAAGGAUAUUAUGGAAAUCAAAACCAGUCGCGCGCAGGCAUCUCAUCAGGAGGGGACUCAAAGCGACGCCAUCAUUGAGAAGGAAUAUGCGUCGCCGCUUUGGCAUCAGAUCAAGGUUGUCGGUCGUCGAACUCAUUUAUCCUUCUGGCGGUCCCGAAACUACGGCUUCACUCGCCUGUUCACCCACGUUGUCAUCGCACUCAUAACUGGCUUAGCGUUCUUACAACUUGACGAUUCUCGCUCCUCGCUUCAAUACCGCAUUUUCGUCAUCUUCAAUGUAACCGUACUUCCUGCCAUCAUUCUCCAGCAAGUCGAGCCAAAGUACGAUCUCUCUCGAUUGAUCUUCUAUCGCGAAUCUGCCUCGAAGACUUACAGCCAAUUCGCUUUCGCCCUCUCGCUUGUCCUGGCGGAGCUUCCUUACAGUAUUCUAUGUGCCGUCUGCUUCUUCCUACCCCUCUACUAUUUACCAGGCUUCCAGACUGAGAGUAGUCGCGCCGGGUACCAGUUCUUCAUGGUCUUGAUUACUGAGAUCUUUGCUGUGACUCUGGGCCAGAUGAUAUCGGCCUUGACGCCAAACAGCUUCAUUGCAUCACAGCUCAACCCGCCUAUCGUGAUCAUCUUCUCGCUUUUCUGUGGUGUCGCUAUUCCAAAGCCGCAGAUGCCCGGGUUCUGGCGCGCCUGGCUCUACCAGCUUGACCCUUUCACUCGGUUGAUCGGCGGAAUGGUCGUCACGGAGCUUCACGGGCGAGAUGUUUCCUGCGCCGAAGUGGAGCUCAAUAGCUUCACUGCUCCCAACGGUGAGACCUGUGGACAAUAUAUGCAAUCUUUCUUCAACCGCGGCGGAGCCGGGUAUCUUGUUGAGAAUGCCACCCAGACUUGUCAAUACUGUGCUUACAAGGUCGGAGAUCAAUUCUACGCGACAUUCAGCAUGGACUUUGAAAACCGCUGGCGAGAUCUGGGUAUCUUCAUUGCGUACGUCGGGUCUAACCUGAUCAUUUUGUUUUUGGCAUCGCGUUACUUCAACUUCAAUCGGAGAUAG